UAUCGAUAUUUGGAUCGAUCCAUUCCGCCCACCUCUACCAGCGGGGGCCUCUUCUCAAGAUGGCGGCCUGUCCUUGGUGGAAGAAGGAGUGCGAUACAUUUUUAUGACAACCGGGGUUUAAAGAAGAAACCGAGGUCAAAAAGUAGACUAAAAGGAAUUGUUCCACUAUGGUAAUUUGCGGAACCUCCAAGAAAAUCUAUGAAAAGAAAAGGACCGUCAAAGUCAAGAAUAAUAACGCUAAUUGGCUAGCUAACUAGCCACCAGUCAUACAUGCAGGGGGGCACGGACGCCAUGGCUCCUCACCAGCUGGCUGUCAGCCUCCAGUCGGCGCCCUCCAUGAUCUCCCAGAAAGUGCAGUUAACUUACCAGCUGUUCUUGCUGGAAAAUGCCCGGAAUAAACUUGAACAAGACCUUCGCAACUUCACCAUCAAGGCCUAUAAAGAUGUCCAAGGUUACCUGAAUUCAUCUUGUCCCAGGAGCUUGUUCAGUGAUCUCUCAAAAGCUUUAGAUGUGAAAUGUCAAACAGUCGCAAAGGUUUCAGCUUUAUUAAAGGACCUCACAGCUGACCCGCAGGUUUGUCUCCUUCCUAAAGUUAAAAAUGGAGUCAGCGGAAAUCGGAUGCAGCAGCUUGGCGUCAAAGAGAUUCAGAUUACAGAUGUUUUUAAGUUUGGGCCCAUGUUAAAGAACUCACUGAUGGCGAGCUCAAUAGCAAAAGCAAUCCAGGUACUGGGAGCCAAGGUGUCUCUUCAGCAGCUACAACGCUUCCUCACCUCAAAGCCUGCAGCAGACUAUCAGGACGACAUGAUAUGCAGGCGUUCUUCGAGCCUCACCAGCACUGUUUUGACUUCCAGUUGUGAUUUUAAGGUUGAAGAAAAGCAGGUUGAUUUUGAGGAGAAGAGCCAAGCGGAUGCUGGGAUUUUUCCACCUGUCACUGAUGAGAGCCAUGACAGAAGGGCAGAGAGGCCUCAAAUACUUUUACCUCCCUUAAAAGCUGUUUUCCCCGAGCUCAGUAACCCAAAACCCAUGAACACCACACCACUAUUACACUGGAGAUGUGAAGAUGAUGUCAAGGUGCAAUACCAAAAACAAACAUCCUCCCAGCUGCUGCACUUCCUCAGAGCAAAAGUUAAAAACAUGGGUUCACUGGAGGUCACGGACAUGGAGUGGGCUAAACGUCCAUACACUUCAGAUUUACAGCAGCCUGUGUCACCUACCAUUACAACACAAAAACACCAGUUCAGUCACGUUGUCACCGAUCUGGUAGAAGUUCUUGCUCCAAAACCUUUGAAUGCAAAGUUUGAAACCCAAGACCCAGUCUUCAGAGUGAAAAAAGCAGAGUCAAGUGGCUCUCUCAUCUAUAGUUGCGUGAUUGCAACACAAACUGAACUCUGGGAUAUUGGAGACAUCUUCGGAGAGGUAGUGGAGAGGGGCUCUGAUCCUGGCCCCUUGGGAAGUGAAGACUGCCAAAAUAUAACUACUCUGCCAGAGAUCGUGGGUGUGAAUAUCCACUGGAAACCCAGAAGUCCCAAGUGCACAGACCCUGAACGUGAUAACAGUUCUGAUGGUGCGAAAAUGGCAACAACCAGCAGUUUAAAGAUUCCCGAUUUCCAGAUUCGAAGAUUUGAAGAGACUGAGGUUGUGGUGUCUCACACUGUGAGUCCGAGCAACUUCUACAUCCAGCAGGCAGACUCCCAUGAGAAGCUACAGGCCUUUGCCACAGACUGGAAAGCCAGUAAUUCAUAUGCUGAGCAGAACUGCAUUCCAGAUAUUGGAACCGUAGUAAUGGGUUGGUUCGCCAAGCGAGAACAAUGGUGCAGGAGCCAGGUGAUAAAGAUAUGUGGAGUGAGCAGAGAUGGUGCUGGGACAGAGACAUCCAUCAAGGUGGAAGUGAAAAGGUUGGACUAUGGUGACACUGCCUGUCUGUCACUGUCAAAUAUAAAGGAGCUGACCCCUGAAAUGGCUACUGUACCACUUCAGGCUGUGCAGGUUUCACUGGCUAAUGUGAUGCCUGUGAAUGGGAGAGAUUGGUCUGAGGAGGCAGUCGGCUGGUUCAAAGCGACUGUGCACAACAGGACCCUCUAUGCUAGGCUGUACCAACAGGAAGGCAAAGUUACAGUCGAGCUGUUCAUGGAGAAGGGAAAGCUCGGAGCCAUGAGGAGGGGUGCUUCAAUGUCUUUGAGACUGGCCCAAAAUGGACACGCCAUCCACAGCAAACUUAAGAAGACUAGUCUCAUUAAAAGAAACAGUGUUCAGCUUAAAGCCCAGAAACAGGACUCUGACUGGGAGAAGUAUCUCAUAUCAUGCUACACUCAAAGGAAGUAGUUCAGGUGUGUGUGUGUGCGUGUGUGUGUGUGUGUGUGAUUAUGUUGGUAUCCUUUUAUCCUAUUUGAAUGAUUGCACAACCAGUACUAAAGUUAAAAUGCAAGCUUACUGUACCAUGCAGCUCGAACAUAUAGUGUAUACCAACAUUGUUUAUAGUGUAAAACCUAAACGAGUAAAAUGUUUGAAUGAGGAACAAAAAUAUUCCGUGUAGACUGACCAUCUGUGUGCAACAUACAGUGGACUGAGUUGUCGCCAACUUGAAAGGCUAUACAAAGUUGAAAGGUAUUUGGGGAAAAAAUUAAAUGUAGAUUUAUAAAGGAUUGACUGGACUAGUACACAUUAAGUCAUGUGUGUGUGUGUGUGUAUAUAUAAGCUAUUUUGUGUAUUUUUAGUUCAUACAGUUAGAGCUGGAAAACUGUUUCAACUAAGCGUACAUUUAUGUUCUCUCUAAGAUGACUAAACGGGAAAUUUCUUUCAUCUUUUGUAUCUCAAGCUUUUCUUUAUGUACAGGGAAAGGAUACAAAACUAGUUUUGCUUGUUUUAUUUUGACUAUGUAAUUUGAAGAUAUUGGUUAACCUGUUCCCUUUCCUAGGUUUAAAAACAGAACUGUAUUUCAAGUCCUGAUUAUUUUUAGCCACUAGACGGUGCCAGCUCAGUCUGAUUACCCGCUCUCUAUUAAGUUGUAUUCCUAUCUAUAUUAUUACCUUAUCUGCAUGCUACAACAGGUCUUUUUUUGGUUUUGUUUUUUAAAUGUAUAAUUUUUCUUUGAUGAUCAUCACUGAAAAGCUUUACUGACUUGAUUAUAUUGUUCUUAUGCAAUGGCAAACUUAUCUUUAUUUUUGCAUAUUUGCCUUUGAAAUAAAAAUGUGUUCUCUACAAUUGUA